AAGGGGGCCGAGAAGGUUCAAUCAACUGACGUGUCUCUCUGAGAAAGGAGCUGGAAUCAGUGCUACUGUUUGAUCCUUUCCUUUUCCGCGUUGAGAGCGGCCGAGAUGGGGAUUAAAUUCCUUGAAGUAAUCAAGCCCUUCUGCGUUAUCUUGCCUGAGAUCCAAAAGCCAGAAAGGAAGAUCCAAUUUAAAGAAAAGGUACUAUGGACAGCUAUCACCCUCUUCAUCUUUUUGGUUUGCUGCCAGAUUCCCCUGUUUGGUAUUAUGUCAUCAGACUCAGCAGAUCCUUUCUACUGGAUGAGAGUAAUUCUGGCUUCAAACAGAGGCACACUAAUGGAGCUGGGCAUUUCUCCCAUUGUCACCUCGGGUCUCAUCAUGCAGUUGCUGGCUGGUGCCAAAAUUAUUGAAGUUGGGGACACUCCAAAAGACAGAGCUCUCUUCAAUGGGGCACAGAAACUGUUUGGCAUGAUUAUCACCAUUGGGCAAUCUAUCGUUUAUGUAAUGACUGGAAUGUAUGGAGACCCAUCAGAGAUGGGAGCAGGAAUCUGCCUGCUUAUCACCAUUCAGCUUUUUGUUGCUGGGUUGAUAGUUCUUCUCUUGGAUGAACUUCUGCAAAAGGGAUAUGGUCUUGGUUCUGGAAUUUCCCUCUUCAUUGCCACUAAUAUCUGUGAAACUAUUGUAUGGAAGGCUUUUAGCCCAACCACAGUGAACACCGGGCGAGGCAUGGAGUUUGAAGGAGCCAUCAUUGCCCUGUUCCAUCUGCUGGCUACUCGCACAGAUAAAGUCAGAGCUCUCAGGGAAGCCUUCUACCGUCAGAACCUCCCCAAUCUUAUGAACCUGAUUGCCACCAUAUUUGUCUUUGCUGUUGUCAUUUACUUCCAGGGUUUCAGAGUGGAUCUCCCUAUAAAAUCUGCUCGCUACCGUGGCCAGUACAAUACUUAUCCAAUCAAACUAUUCUACACCUCCAAUAUUCCCAUCAUUCUUCAGUCUGCGCUGGUGUCCAACUUGUAUGUGAUCUCACAGAUGCUCUCUGCUCGUUUCAGUGGCAACUUAUUGGUUAGCCUGCUGGGUACUUGGUCUGAUACUUCAACUGGAGGUCCUGCCCGUUCAUACCCUGUGGGUGGCCUUUGUUAUUACCUCUCACCUCCUGAGUCUUUUACUUCGGUAUUGGAAGACCCUGUCCAUGCAGUUGUUUAUAUCGUGUUUAUGUUGGGCUCCUGCGCUUUCUUCUCUAAAACCUGGAUUGAGGUCUCUGGCUCUUCUGCCAAAGAUGUUGCUAAACAACUGAAAGAGCAACAGAUGGUUAUGAGGGGUCAUAGAGAAACCUCCAUGGUUCAUGAACUCAACAGAUACAUUCCUACAGCAGCUGCAUUUGGUGGCCUCUGCAUUGGUGCCCUUUCUGUUCUGGCAGACUUUCUUGGGGCAAUUGGAUCAGGCACUGGAAUCUUGUUGGCUGUCACUAUUAUUUACCAGUACUUUGAAAUCUUUGUAAAGGAGCAGAGCGAAGUUGGCAGCAUGGGAGCGCUUCUAUUCUAAAUGCAUUGUCCCAUGGACCCUAGGGGAGGGUGAAGAGUGUUAGAAGAUUUAAAAAAAAAUCAGGAUAAAAAGAUUAACAGCAACACAGUAACAUGGGCACAUUGCAUUAAUAGGAACACUUAUUUUAAUGUUUUCCAAAGCACAUUCCUUUGGUUCAGACUCUGUUAUUAUUCAGUUGACGUUUUAUAAAUUGCUGGAACAUGUGCAAAAAAUAUCCUUUUUAGAAAAGAAGUUUGUUGUUCUUAAUUAUUGUUCAAAGCAACUCUCCUAAAUCUAGGUUAGGCUGAUGGCUCUUGCCAUCCCCUACCCCCACUCUGGAAAUCCUAUCACUGGGUUGCUGGAACUUUUCUAGCUUCAGUGUAUGAAUGGGAUGGAAGUUUAUUUGUUGCAAUAUAUUGUCUGUCUCUUUGAUAGUGAGAGAUCUCUUUUCUGCUCCCUCCCCCCAUUUCCUACCUACCCUUGAUUUGUUGUAAGCAGCUGACUUCACUCUUCCCCCAGAGUACCACAAAUUUGAGAUUGCCAGAUGUCUGGUCAGGUACUCUGGUUCAUGUGCGUAAGUGUGGACUGUUGGCAUCUGACUGUUGCCUCACUUCUGAAGGGGAUGAUGAUAUGCUCUGUCCAUAGAAAUCUCAGGUCAGGCUACUUCAUGGGAAGAAAUAAUCCUGCCUCGGAACUGUAAAUUGAACAAACACAGACCUUAUACAAAUCAAUGCCAUACAGAAAGCCUGAAAUUUCCUAGAUAGUUGUCUGUAUUCUUUUUAUAUCCCGAGAAGAAUCGUGCAAUGCAGUAUUUCUUCUGGAGGUUAGCACACUCUCAACAAAUUCUUACCUGCCGUCAUGUUAAACUGAAUUCUAGCUUAGCAGGUAGGAGUGCUACACUCAUCUAGUUACCUGCUUGUUGAAGAGUAUGCCGAAGUUGCUUCUGAUCAAACUUGCAUAUCACUCCAGAACUUUUUUUCUUCCAGUUCUGGAACAGUGACCACAAAUCAUGCACAUUGGUGUCUGUAUAGAAAUACCUUCCCUGUCUCCU